CAAUUAAUUUACUUGUCGUCACACACCCGGAAGUCCUGUUCAUUCAUUCCACCGGUUUCUGGAAGUUGCAUCGCAUCUCAUGGUAGCACUCUCUUCGGGACUCACAAGAGAUGUUGCUGCUGGUGCUAGGUGCCCUCCUCCUGCUCUUCUGCAGCCUGGAUGUAUGGUACUUCCUACGGGGGGCCCAGUUGUUUUUCCAAGCGUGGUUCCAGCCCAGAAUAUGGGACAUUCUAGCUGAGCAAAGCAUCGAUGGCAUGGUCCUUCCACACGAUUUGGACUACUUGGGCCACAUGAAUAACUCUCGGUAUCUGAGGGAAUGUGACUUUGCUCGCUUCCACCAUUACAUGAGAAAUGGGUUGUUCAUGGCCUCGCGCAAACUGGGGGCCCGAUUGGUGGUAGGGGCCUCCACCAUCCGGUACCGGCGCUCCUUGGCCUUCCGUGAGGCUUUUGAGAUUCGGACCAAAAUAGUAAGCUGGGAUGAGAAGGCCUUUUACCUGGAGCAGCGCUUCGUGUCAAAGAAAGAUGGCUUUGUGUCUGCAGUCAUGCUCUGUAGGCAGAAUGUGGUGCACUGCAGCCCGGAGAGGAUUAUCGAAUUUAUCUGCAAAAGGAAGAUCGAGUGCCCGGAGUUUCCCGAGGACCUCAAACACUGGGUCAGCUUCAUUUCAGCCAGCAGCCAGGCCCUGAGAGCAGAGAGUGGACUGGAAGAGAAGAACAAGUGAAACCACACCAUGACGCCACGUUUCAUGAGUGUAGACACAUAUCAUAGCACUGCACGUACAUAUACAGUAAACAUUCACACACAGCAACAACAGUGAAACAUUGUAGAGAGUUUUAGUUGACUUUGAAGAUUCCACUUACCUCUGUUUUGGGUUCAUCCUACCUGUUGUGUAUUUCAGUAUGAUGUUAAACUUAGAACAGCUGAAUAUGAAAACUUGAACUAUAAGGUGUUCUAUGAUUUAAAAUGCAGCGUAUGCAUUGGGAUCAUUAUGAAAGUUUUUCUUUUAAAAAGAAAGUGAAACAGGAACAUAGCUUUAUCCUUGCUGCGUAUUGAGUAGUUGACUGUGAGUAGACUGGCAUCUUCAUUCUCAUUUAGCAGUAUCUUCGACCUUCAGAUAAAGCAUGUAGAGCAAAAAUUAAUCUUCCACUGACAUCAAUGCAUGUUUUGAAACAACCAGAAUAUUUUUGUGCCUGUUUCUUGUAGUUAACGGUGACAGAGAGUUCUAGCUUUUCACAGAAAAAAAAACGUAUACUUGAAUAGAAAUCAACUCCAUGUACCGAUAGUUGUUUUAAUCUUUCAAUUGGUAUUUUUGCACAAGUUGACAAACCGUAUUCCUAAUACCAAUCUGCAAGGGAAUAUUACAUUUAGAAGAUCCACUGAUCAGGCCUUUAAAUUUAAAGUACAUGCAUUUAAGUUGUGGGCUCCUCUUGAUUGUAACUGCAUGUGAUUUUAAGAGAAAGUGCUUGAAUUUUGAUUGACGGCUGUGAUAAGAAAAUGCUACCACGAGGUUGCUGGCAAUUUUUCGAAACCUGCAACGCACAAUAGAAUCUGAAUGUUUGACUGAUGUUUUGUUUUUAACAAGCCAGCUGUUUAAAAUCUGCAGCCUUUUUGUUCAGCGCUUCCGUUUGUGACCAAAGUAAUGUAUUUUUUCUGUAUGGAGGAAAUGGAAAUGGAAUUUCUAGAGAUGUAUGUCUAAUCUGUUGUAUUUAUGUUGUCAAUGCACUGACCACACAAUCCUGUUCAAUUCACUGACGUCUGAAGAUAUAAAUAGUCUGUCUAUUUUCCACUUAUUAUUUGCGUUUUAUUCAAAUGGAUUCAUAUACCAGACUUUAUUUAUUCUGUUUGUUAAUUAUUUAAAUGCAUUUUAAAUUAAAAAUGCACUGGGAACUGUA